UCACCCAUCCGGCCAUCCCCUCACCUGCAACAAUCCAUGGCAAUCGAACUAGGGAGAGCUCAGUGAGCGGCGGUCGUCGGCUCAAGGCCCUGUUCUGGGAGACGCCGAGGCGAUCUGCUAUCUUAGCCAGCUAGUUCAUCUCAUGGAGGCGACACUAGAACAGGCGGCAUUGCGUGCCCCCACACUGGAACAAGAUCAGCAAGACGCCGCCGCAUUCACAGGGAAUAGCAGCAGGGACCAUGGAGCUGGCGACAUAGAUGCCGAUGCAGGCGAAGCGACACGCGCUCCUGGAUCCGCACCUGCUGUCACGUCAAGGAUUUCAGUGCAGAAGGUGUGCUCAGUCGUGCGCAAGUUUGGUAAAUUUAAGAGGAAUUUAGUCGAAGAGAUAGGCUUCGGUGGGAUGCUAAAGAUUCGGAUGUUAACAAGGCUAAAUUUGAAAUUCAGCGCCUGGCUAAUGGAAAGAGUCGAGUCGAAUGAACUGAGAAUAGAUGAGGAGAGGAUUCUAAAGAUCAAGGAUCAUGAUGUCGAGAAGGUAUUCGGUCUCCCAUGCGGCACCAGAUUGAUAUCUCCAGAUACACCCGAGCCAUCCGAAGCUUGCAUCGAGUUCCUCCGUGUUUCUUCCAAUUUGAGCAAAGGCGCGCAUAGUCUAAAGGCCGCCGAGGCUUACCUCCUGAGAGAUGAUAUCAAUGAACAUUCCAGCAAGGUCCAGAUAGAUUGCUUCAAGAUAGCUUUUCUUGUUUUUGUUGUUGGACAUCUGUUGGCUCCAUCAACUAAGUAUGACUACAUCGGCAUAGAUUUCUGGGCUGCACUCAACGAUACCUCGCGGAUUAAGGAAUUCAACUGGUGUCGUUAUGUACUCGAGCAUUUGAUCCGAGCUGUUCGGAAGUUGAAAUCAGACAUCCGCAACCGGCACAAGACCAUACAUCUUGUUGGCUGCCACGUUUUUCUGCAGGUAUUCUACUUGGACAAUCUUGAUCUUGGUCCGCUUUCCAAGACACGGGAAGGUCUACCAAGGAUUAGUCUUUUUGACUACGAGUCGGUUAAGAAGAUGACAGAAAUGAUCACUAACGAUGUGGGUGGAGAUACAUCAUUUGCUGGAGCUAAUUUUAGAUAUGCUCAAGAUGUAUGCCAAAGCCACUCUGAAGAGCCCUUCAUUCCGGAAACAAACCAAGCAGACAUAGCUUCUGACCUGCCCUGUCACAGCCCAGGUUUUGGUGGUACGGAAGAUCAGCACAGCCCAAUUAAUCCCAUGCUACGAAGCAGCUUCACCGAGACUGGACCAGAAGAUUUCUCCAACCAUCUCCGACUGAAAUACCCGUCACUUGUGGGCCACCCGCUUGCAGCCAUUUUGGAAGAACACAAUGCACACAUAAUGGAAAAUAUAUCUCAAAUUAGCAACAGUUACCAAGUUGCGAUGUUUAGCUUUAUGGACCAACUUCUUGGCUCUAUAUCCGAGAACCGCUGUUGCUGCAGAGCAUUGGGACGAACCGAUUGUUUACUGAGAUCGCCACAUGCAAUUCCUGGAAACACACAUCACACACCUAAAAAACGCAAGUCCCGAUUACACUCCACAGUAACAGGUAGAGCCAUACAGCAGAUUUUAGGGCAACGCAAGAAGACCCGGGGAAACUGUACAAGAUAGUAUGCUUUGAUGGUCAACGAUGAACAACCGCUUACCUCGCAGUCCUUUAUCAGUUCAGACCAACUCGGCAGCAGAGUAGGCCAUAUGAGCAGCUCCUGAUUUAAAGCAUCAACUUGCACGCUAUAUGUGAACUUUAGAUCAGCAGCUGUCAUGUCAUUAAGAUCUCGAUUGUCUUCGUAGAAUAGUAUCUUAGGUUUUCAUCAUCAACUUAAUUGCACGUUACAUGUGAACUUUUAAUGUUCACGGUUAGGUUGCUUCGUAGUCUCUUCUGCAAUCGGCUGGUGGGGGCACGUCCUCUAUGGUCGCAAAGAAACACCAGAUAAUGCUGGAAACUCUACCCACACUAGCAUUGUUCUCCCUCAUCUGCUUACCCAAUCAUUUCUUUUGUGUACUUGUCAAUGUGCCAUUGAGAUUGCACUGACACUUCUCAACAAGUUUUAGACAUGCAUGGUCAUGGCAUCAUUAACAGGUAAUUCUAUGUUCACUAAUGUAUGAGGUAAUUCUAUGUUCA